GCAGCAGCCAGAAAGCACGGGCACCUUUCAAAUUGGGACUCUAGCCCUUUAAAUCUGCUCAGUUACCAAAAAAGAAGAGGCAUCAGACCCUGUUAAUUAAAGCUCGCCCUGGUCCAUCACUCUGUGGAGCUGCAGUGCCCGGCUCCUUCCUAGAGACUUAGAGAUUCUCCUGAACUCCCAGCCAUGGAUCUUGGAGCAUUUCUCCCGAGAUCAGCAGGAGAGGCUGAAUGUUCGCGGACGUUCCUUUGAUGAGCUCCCAGAUCUCUCCAAGAACAUUGCCCUGGACCCCUGAUGCGGCUGCCUGAGCAACCUGGAGAGGGGAAGCCUGACCAUGAGAAAAAGGGGAACGGAGGAGCCCCUGAAGGGGGAGAGGAGCCGCCGCCGAGAAGCCAGGCCCCCGACUUUCCCACCUGGCAAGUCUCCCCCCAAACCCCAGGACCUAGGUUGUUUUGCAGCCCUCAGGGAAAAGAUGCCGUUCCACCACGUGACCGCCGGCCUGUUGUACAAGGGGAAUUACCUCAACCGUUCUCUCUCCGCUGGCAGCGACAGCGAGCAGCUGGCUAACAUCUCCGUGGAGGAGCUCGAUGAAAUCCGGGAGGCCUUUCGAGUUCUGGACCGAGACGGUAAUGGCUUCAUCUCCAAGCAGGAGCUGGGCAUGGCCAUGCGCUCUCUGGGGUACAUGCCGAGCGAGGUGGAGCUGGCCAUCAUCAUGCAGCGCCUGGACAUGGACGGGGAUGGCCAGGUGGAUUUUGAUGAAUUCAUGACUAUUCUUGGGCCCAAACUGGUCUCUUCAGAAGGUCGUGAUGGUUUUCUCGGAAACACAAUAGACAGCAUAUUCUGGCAGUUCGACAUGCAAAGGAUAACGCUGGAAGAGCUGAAGCACAUUCUCUACCACGCCUUCCGGGAUCACUUAACAAUGAAGGACAUUGAGAAUAUCAUCAUCAACGAGGAGGAGAGCCUGAAUGAGACCUCAGGGAACUGCCAGACGGAGUUUGAAGGAGUGCAUUCCCAGAAGCAAAACAGACAGACCUGCGUCCGGAAGAGCCUCAUAUGCGCCUUCGCCAUGGCCUUCAUCAUAAGCGUGAUGCUGAUCGCAGCCAAUCAGAUCCUGCGGAGUGGCAUGGAGUAGCUGCCGCCUCCCGCCGGCCACGCUGUUGCCAGCUCACCGCGCAUGUGCAUGGCCCGCGGGCAGACUGUUCUUUCUCACAGCAGAUCUGGACCUAAGGACGGAUGCAGACCUGGUACAGCUCAGCAAAGAACCCAAAGUUGCAGUGCAGCCGGGAUUGCGCUAUUCAACUUCAUCUCCUUGGCAGGGACACCAAAGGGCUGUCUUCAACGCUUUAAUGGUUUUGUUUCCUAAUGCAAUAAAUAGCCAGGAGUUCCAAAUUUUUGCUUCAAUCGCCAGUAGUGACUUCGAAGAAGAACUUCAUUUUCGUGUUGGAAUUCCAGUGGCCAUCCAGGGGUAACGGUGGUAUCAGAGAGUGUGCAGAAGAGAGCGUGAACAAUAUUCACCUCCAUCCAUCCCCUGUUCUUCAACCCAGGGGUCCAGAGACUCCCGGCUGCAGCCGGCCCUCAGAGCCUAGAGGCUGCCUUCUGGGUUGCCACAGAAGAGGGCACUGACCAUCUCACCUUGGCUUCCUUCCUCCACCCAGUGGAGACCCCCCCCCACGGCAUGAGGGGAAAGCCAUUAAGCGGGGUGCAGCCCCUUGGCUGUCUGCAGCUGCACCCCACCGCUUCCGUUCUUACUGCCUUUCCUACAGGAUUCUUGUGGGUAGAGUCAGGGCGCUCUCAGUUGGUUCCUGUGGCACUUGGCUUUCUGUUCCUAGAGCCCAUCCUGCACCAGCAUUUUUGGGAAUCUGCAAAGAGCCUCCCUCCCAGCUUCGCCCCCUGUGCUGCCAUUCGAGGCAAGAGAACCGUGGUCAUGGGCAUCUUCUAACAGACACAUAGACAGAGAGACCUGGCUUCUUCGUAUGUGACAUCUUCUUUAAAUGCUUACUCUGAAUAUAAGCUUGUCCUCCCUCCCACACUUGUCCCUGCUUCUUCAGGGCAGAAGGUGAGGCAGACUGGGAGAGGGGAGAGGACCAAGACUGGGGUUGAGGAGGUGUCAGCAGCCCACACCCCAGACAUCCAGAGUCCAGGAGCCCCCAGCAAUCCAUGCCAGACAACCUCUGUCAGUUAAGGGCCAUGUGCAUCUCCCCUCCCCUCAUCUUGUAGAUUGUGUUGCCAGUUAGUCUUUCCCAGCUGAAAAGAGAAACACACUCCAAAACCGAAAGAUGGAAAGAUCAAACUACUGUCUUUUACAUAUCCUCUGGCAUUCAGAUUCUGUAACUGACUCAUUCAAAGAAGGAAAAAAAAAAAA